AGCUCAGGCGGGUGGGGGCGGGGCGGGGCGGCGCCGAGGAGAAUGAAUAAUUGAAGUGGAGGGGAGGAGGAAGAGGAGAAGGAGGAAGAGGAGCCGCCCGCGCAGGGUCCUCCCCACGCCGCACCCCCCUCCGCCGCCCGGAAGUCGCUCCCCGCCUCCCUCUCCGCCAACAUGGCCGCGAAGUCGGAUGGAGCGGCGGCCUCGGCCGGCCCGGACCCGGAGGGGGCUGCCGGUGGAGCCCGGGGCAGUGCCGGCGGGCGCGGGGAGGCGGCGGCGGCGGCCGGGCCCCCGGGGGUCGUCGGGGCGGGCGGCCCGGGGCCGCGCUACGAGCUGCGGGACUGCUGCUGGGUACUGUGCGCGCUGCUCGUGUUCUUCUCCGACGGUGCCACGGACCUGUGGCUGGCGGCCUCCUACUACCUGCAGAAUCAACACACCUACUUCAGCCUCACCUUGCUGUUCGUGCUCCUGCCCUCGCUGGUCGUGCAGUUACUGAGCUUCCGCUGGUUCGUCUACGACUACUCGGAGCCCGCAGGGUCCCCGGGACCCGCCGUCAGCACCAAGGACAGCGUAGCCGGCGGAGCCGCCAUCAGCACCAAGGACAGCGCCGGCGCCUUCCGGACCAAAGAAGGCAGCCCCGAGCCGGGUCCCCAGCCUGCGCCCUCCUCGGCCAGCGCCUACCGCCGCCGCUGCUGCCGCCUCUGCAUCUGGCUGCUGCAGACCCUCGUCCACCUCCUGCAGCUCGGCCAGGUCUGGAGGUACCUGCGCGCCCUGUACCUGGGGCUGCAGAGCCGCUGGCGCGGGGAGCGGCUGCGGCGCCACUUCUACUGGCAGAUGCUGUUCGAGAGCGCCGACGUGAGCAUGCUGCGCUUGCUGGAGACCUUCCUGCGCAGCGCGCCGCAGCUAGUGCUGCAGCUCAGCCUGCUGGUGCACCGCGGUGGCGCGCCCGACCUGCUGCCGGCCCUCUCCACCUCCGCCUCCCUCGUGUCUCUGGCCUGGACGCUGGCCUCCUACCAGAAGGUGCUGCGGGACUCGCGGGACGACAAGCGGCCGCUGUCCUACAAGGGCGCCGUGGCACAGGUGCUGUGGCACCUGUUCAGCAUUGCCGCCCGCGGCCUGGCCUUCGCGCUCUUCGCCAGUGUCUACAAGCUCUAUUUUGGCAUCUUCAUCGUGGCCCACUGGUGCGUCAUGACCUUCUGGGUCAUCCAAGGGGAGACGGACUUCUGCAUGUCCAAGUGGGAGGAGAUCAUCUACAACAUGGUCGUGGGCAUCAUCUACAUCUUCUGCUGGUUCAACGUCAAGGAGGGCCGCAGCCGCCGCCGCAUGACCCUCUACCACUGCAUCGUCCUGCUGGAGAACGCCGCGCUCACCGGCUUCUGGUACUCCAGCCGCAACUUCUCAACCGACUUCUACUCGCUCAUCAUGGUCUGCGUAGUGGCCUCCAGCUUUGCCCUGGGCAUAUUCUUCAUGUGUGUCUACUACUGUCUCCUGCACCCCAACGGGCCCAUGCUGGGUCCCCAGGCACCUGGUUGCAUCUUCCGUAAGGCCUCAGAGCCCUGUGGCCCACCCGCUGACGCCAUCACGAGUCCCCCCAGGUCCCUGCCAAGGACUACAGGUGCUGAGCGGGAUGGGGCCUCGGCGGGAGAGCGUGCAGGGACCCCCACCCCACCUGUCUUCCAGGUGCGGCCUGGCUUGCCUCCCACACCAGUGGCCCGCACCUUGCGGACAGAGGGGCCUGUCAUCCGGAUUGACUUGCCUCGCAAGAAGUACCCGGCCUGGGAUGCUCAUUUUAUUGACCGCCGGCUCCGGAAGACCAUCCUGGCACUGGAGUACUCCUCACCUGCCACGCCCCGGUUGCAGUACCGGAGUGUGGGGACUUCCCAGGAGCUGCUGGAGUAUGAGACCACAGUGUAGGCUACAGUGUCCCAGCACAAAAGGGACAGGCUUGGCUGAUCCCACAUCCGCUGCAGUGUUGAGCCCCGAAUUUCAGGGCCACCAGGCUAAGGGGGAGUGGAUCUGUUGGUCCAAGGGUAGAGCGGCCCCACUCUUGGGUUCUUUCAGGGGAGGGGGCAGCCUUGCGGAGGCCCCAGCCCUGGGCCCUGUUUUCAGCCUUGUGGCCCAUUCCCUAAAUUCCCCUGACCCAGGGCCUGGGGAAUCAUCUGGUGCUACACUUUUCGAGCUGCCCUGCUUUCAUGGGGCCUCCACACCUCUCCCCUGCCUGGCGUUGCCCAUGUGUUGCCCCUGCUGGACUUGCCAGAGAAAGGGCACUGUCUGGGGUCCAUGACCUAGACCCUGUGCUCCUCAGGGGUUGUGGAGAGUGGGCUGCCUCUAUGGUGGGAAAAGAUCUCUGAGAAGGAUGGAGGAGGCCGUGGAAGGGAUGGGGUGAGGUUGGAGCAUUGUGUGGGCAGGGAUGGCAUGGCUCCUGUAGCAUCUGAGGCCUGGAGCCAGGGCAAGAGGGAGCUGAAGAAGGGAGUUGGGGUGGGGCAGAGUGUUGGGGUGGGGGGCUGGCAGUGCUGGAGAUGGAUAGGAGAAAGAACUGGGGGGGGGUCUAGGCUGGCAGAAGCAUGGAGGGGUGGAAGACUUGGGGGAGGGGAACCUGCAAUCCAGAGCAUAGCGAACAAGAAUGAACUCCUUAGGUGACGUCUCUUGUUGUGUUGUUGGCUCUGUGAAGGAUGAGGUUCCACACACCUCAGGUGAAAUGUUUGAAGGAGCCAUUUUUUGUUCAAGAUGAGCACCUGGAACGUGGCUUCUAGAUACAGGUCUUCAACACAGCAGAUAAGAUGUCUGGAAAGAUCUCUGGGCUCAAGUGCAGGUGAGAUUUUAGCACAGUUAUCAGAGGACCUGAUCCAGAAGCAGGCUUAGUUCUAGAUUGAGUUCUAGAGUGCUAGGCUGAUAAAAUGUCCCAGGGA